AUGGCGGAACUAGUGAGGGCCGGAUGCGAAGUCAGCUGGAGGAGGGGUGUGUUCAAGGUUACGCAUCCAGUUUGGGGUGAGCUCAAGACGUCGUUGCGUGGCGGUUGUCCAGAGUUGGCACAAGAACAAGCGGCGAAGCUCGUGGAUCAGAUCGAGGACAAGAAGCUCCGUGAAUUUCAAGAUGGGGUUUCUAUGUUGAAGUCGAAGUUGGACUACCUGGUUCGCGAAGAGAAGCUUCCCUGGACGUCAUAUGCAAUGAAAUUCUUGGAUGAGGGACUGGCUAAGGAUCUUUGGAAGGCAGUGCGAGGGCUGGGAGCAUUUGAAGUCUUUGCCUCUGCCAAGAAGAACUCGGAAGAGAAUGAUGGAAUCGGAUUUCCAGACUAUCCGGAUGGCAAGGACUAUGGCGCUUUACGUGAUUGGGACGAUGGUGAGGAUGAGGUUGGGAAGUUGAUGGUGCAGUUUCAACAAGCGGCCUCCAUGCGUGAGCUCAACGUCAACGGUGAUGGCUUCCAAUCCUCUUCGAGAACACGGUGGGUAGCUACAACGAACUACGAUAUACAAGAUCUAAAAGGGGAACCUCAGUCCGAGGAGGGGAAGAACGACUUAGAGAACAAGGGCUGGCCUAUGGAGUGGAGAAGGAGGUUAGCGAGGGCAAUCUCUGAUGGGAAUUUCCGUGGUUCUCUGAAGCGAGAUGAUGGUACUUUGAAGGCUAUGACACAGGAGCAAUGGAUGAGUCACGUUCAAGCUGGUCAUUACCCUUCGCGCCGAGACUGCCUUCAGUGUGUUUCUCAUGGGGCUACAGGAGCUCGAGGAGAUCGUUCCAAGGCAGCUAAGAUGAAGUAUAUUCUGGUUGCAAAGUUCACCUUGCCGAAGUCCUAUGUCACAGGAGAGUUUGAACCUACAGCUCAAGAUCCAAGGGAAGAAGAUGUUGGUAUGAAGGACUUGUUCGAUGAGGAUGGACACAUGGUUGGUUCAAAAGGGGUGUCAACCGAAGGGGAGAAGGAUGAUUGGUUGAGCGACGAAGAAGACUAUGUGCCUUCAAUGGCGGAAGAAGACGGCGAAGAGGAGGAGAAGGAUACCGGUGCGGGCGUGGGUGCAAUACCAAUGGACGUGAAGGCCCCGGAGUCUACAUACCUUCUUUUUGCAGAGCCGCUUCUCAACGACAAGGGCACCACUGUCGCCAGCGCAAUCCAGUCCAUUGUGUUGUACCUUCAAAGUCUUAACAUCCCUGUGUUGAGAUUUCACAGUGAUCGCGCAGCACAGCUAAUGGCCAGAUCUCUGGUGCAAUGGCUGCAUGGAAGUCAAGCUCACUACGAGAAAGAUCCUGUCCUCGUCCACUCUGGGAAAUUCCUUUUGGCCGGUACCUCGGAUGAUAGCGGCGUUUGGCGCAAAGGUCUUGGUGAAGAAGAGGAGGUAUGCGGCUUCAGGAUCGUCGGAAAAUCGGCGCCCAGAGUUGCGGUGAUGGAGCGCAGUUCGGAGUUUGGGAUAUAUGAAGAUGAUCUUCCCAGCGACGAAGAGGUGCUCUGCGAUGACGAGGACCUUGGUGAUGGCACGCAAGGGGUGAUGAUCGAGGAGAGUCCCGUUCCUCGAGUGGCUGUUUUGGGUUCCAAUAGGGGCGAGACACAAGAUGGUCAUGAGGACUCAAUGGACCCAGAGGAAUAUGCCAAGGAGAUUAUCUACAAUGAGGACAAUGUCGAUGAAGAAGUGAUCAAAAGGCUAUUUGAACUGUUGCCAAAUCAGAGACUACCUCGACAGACAGAGGACUGUGGAGCAAGUGGCUUACCUCCUAAGGCGUGGGCUUCGGGAGUUUAUCGUCAUGGUGGAGUGCUGGGUGUGAGGAAGUCAUCCCGUGAGUUUCCGUAUUCUACAAGACUGGUGAAUCAGUUCAUUCGGGAGGUUUUGGGCGAUUCGACUACAUGGUCUACCUUUUCGCUUCAUCGGAAUCUUGGGGUGAAACGACAUCGCGACUCUCACAAUGCCCGAGAUGAGCUUUCCUACCUCAUCCCAAUCAGCGAGUUCGGAAAGGGUGGUCUUUGGACACAGGCCGAAGCUGGUGAAGCUGUGGAGGAUGAUGAAGCAGUGUUUUUGGAUGGGAAGCGUGGGCGUGUGAGGCCAUUGCAAUCUGAGGAGGGGACAAAGGAAGUGGUUUCGUUCAAUCCAAGGCAAUGGCACGCGACGAUGCCGUGGACUGGCGACAGACUGGUGAUGGCUGUGUACCAGGUCCGUGGUCUCAAUCAGAUUAAGAAGGAGGACGAGGACCUUGCGUUGGAUUUGGGUUUCUCUUUGUCUACGAAUGAAUCAGAGAGUCCGAGGAUGUGCAAGCUCAUCGGUCAAGAAGGUGAACAACCAGGCCCCGCACCACAAGAAGAGGGUGAGCUGGAAUUGGAGCCGGUGGAGGAAUUUAUGUACAUCAGGAUGUCCGAGGAAGAGUGGUAUACAACGAUCGCACGGUAUGGACCAGAUCGCUACGUUGCUGAAAUGGCAGCGAGAUGGCGGAGGAUUGAGCCUGAAGAAGGGAACCUGAACUCAGUGAUUCCAGCCGCCAUAGCAGCAGAUGUGGAUCGAGAUUGGGAGGCCGCUCCAAGGAUUUUCUUGAUGUCGGAAGAAGGAGAGGAGCUUCAUGUUGGACGAAUGCUGGGAACGAGGACUACCAGAAUCCCGGAUCACGGACCAGAAGGGUUCACUUCGACUUUCCUCAAGGCUUGCAAGAUCUAUAACCUCGUGACGAAUGAGGAGGAGAUGAUUGUGUUUUGGAUGCAAAGGAGAAUUGUCAUUCAUCGUGCACUUCCCGAAGACCAACGUCAUGCUUGGAGGGGCUCCGAAGAUCCCAGACCCCCUGAUGUCGACCCAAGGGGGCGAGCACCACGUUUAGCAGCUAUCUCUGUUGAUGAUUCACAAGACUUGUUACGGUUUGUGGAGGUGGACACAGAGGCUUGCGAUGGUCCGGAUGUAGCAAGGAUGAUGAAGGCAACUCCAGAAACUCUAUAUACAACCAACAUUGAGGAGUUGCUUGAGAAGGUCAAUGACGACAAUCCUCUGAAGGUCACCCAUACAGUUGAUCCUCGUGAAGUACUACCAGUGGUCGACAAAUGGGUACCAGCUAUGCAAGCAGAACUCACAGCCCUGGAGAAGAUGCCAGCAAUCAAGCGCUAUAAAGGGACUGAGGCCGCGGCUUUGAGACGAGAUCCUCGAUUGGUGAUUGUUCCUAGCAAGCUGGUGUUCACUGUGAAGCCGGGGGCCAACCCGGGGACAUUUCGUCGUAAGGUCAGGAGUGUGGCGUGCGGAAACUUCUCGGGCGAGUCAGCAGAGGAACUGGGUGACAUCUACUCAGCCGGGGCCACCAUUGAUCUGGUAAGACUGUGUUUGGGCGAGGUGAAUUCCAACGAAGGCUGGAUCGCCGCGACCGACGACAUAAAGACAGCUUUCCUACGGGCUCCGAUUCCAGAUCUUCCAGAUGGCCGAAGGUAUGCGAUGGAGGCGCCGAGGGCGAUGAUUCGGGCAGGCUUGGCGGAGCAAGGAGAACUCUGGUUGGCGACUGCUGCCGUAUAUGGGUUUCAAAGAAGCCCUAAGUGGUGGUCAGAACAUCGCAAUGCUACAGCACGAGCAGCGAAGUGGAAGUCACCCGGUGGAGGAGUCAUGAAGAUGGUGGCAUGUGUCACGGAUGAAAACUUGCACAAGCUCGUGGAGGUGAUGAAGGACGGAACCGAGCGGAUAAAGGGAUAUGUCCUGUUCUACGUCGAUGAUACGUUGGCGGUGGGACCUCCCGAGUACGUUCAUGGUUUCUAUGAUUGGCUGGAGUCUACAUGGGAAACAAGUGGCAGGGAAGUGGUCUCGAAGGAGGCCAUUGUCCGAUUCCUAGGCUUGGAACUUUCGCUGGAUGAUGAAGGACGGAUGAAAAUCACUCAGCGCGGCUAUGUGGACGAGCUCUUGCGGAAGCGCCAGGUGACCACUUACAGCAAGGUUCCUUUCGUGAAGGAGUGGGCAACAGACGAGAUCCCGAAGGAUGCCGAUUGUUCUCCAGCCUUGAUCAAGGAGGCUCAGCAAAGAUGUGGCGAGAUACUCUGGACCACUCAGAGAUCGCGACCGGAUGCCGCUUAUGCUGCGAUGAUGAUGUCGAGGCUCACAACGC